CUUUGGCUUCUGGGUAGGGGGGUCUGUGUCCUCCUUGUCCUAUCACGGGCACGCUGGUCUGACUGAUUUGACUGGGGGCUUUUAGUGAUUCUGUUUAAGUUGUCCACAUCUGAAAUAGGUUUGAUUUUAGUACAAUGUUGCCUGCUCGGUUGCUCCUCCGUCGUGCUCUCCCUGCUUUGCGCCAGGCCCGGUGCUACGCCGACGCUCCGUCCGCUGCUCCGCAGAUGUCCUUCACGUUCGCCUCGCCAACUCAGGUGUUCUUCAAAGAAGCUAGCGUGAAACAGAUCGACGUCCCAACCCUGACCGGGGCGUUCGGUAUUCUCCCCGCCCAUGUGCCCACACUGCAGGUUCUGCGACCCGGUGUCGUCACGGUUUUCAGUGAUGACGGUUCAUCUGAAAAAUACUUCGUGAGCAGCGGCUCGGUGACCGUGAAUGCAGACUCCUCCGUGCAGCUUCUGGCCGAGGAAGCCGUACCUCUGGACAGCCUGGACCUUGCGGCGGCCAAAGCAAACCUGGAGAAGGCCCAGUCCGACCUGCUGAGCACUUCAGACGAAGCGGCCAGAGCAGAGGUCCUGAUCAGCAUAGAAGCCAAUGAGGCGAUCGUGAAAGCGCUGGAGUAGAACCACGCCCAGAUUUAAGUAUUCUCGCGGUGGUGUCAUGUAAGAGUAAAGGUGGGCUAACACCAUCCGUCUCUGCUCCCUUCCCCCGGCCAGUCAAAUCGGGAGCCGCAGGACACCUUUGCUUUGUACAGUCGGACGAAACCAUUAGAAAUAAAUU